AUGGACUCGGAACUUGAGGGGUGCACUGCAACUGGUCUGGAAAUACGCAAUUGUCACAGUGGUCCGACAUCUACAAAAUGCCCGAAUUGCGGACUUGAAUUUGCGUCAAAUCUUGCUGUUGUAGAUCAUCUCAAUGAUCAGAUGCAUUCUUGUUGGAACAGAGAGCCCACUUACCGCUUGCCAAUCCCUCCAGCUUUCCAACGGGGAGACAACAACCGAGAAGAAGUCACUGGCCAGUACCAUCCAAACAAUAAAUCCAUCGUACCCUUUGUUGAUCAGGCUGAAUGGCAGCUAGCAGAGUUCCUCGUUCAACGGCUGACACAAACCGAUAUUAACAAAUUUCUGAAACUAGACUGGGCAAAACGCGAAUAUGGCGAGUUUUUUACAGCUAACAUGGCUUUCGAUAUUCAGAAUGACCUUCCAGAAGGUGCCACUAUGGUACCAAUCAUCCUCGCAUCUGACAAGACGCCCUGUAACCAGGAUGUCGGAGGAUUAGAAAUGCACCCGGUGUUCCUUACGAUUGCCAAUAUUCAAUCUGAAGUUCGUAUGAAUGCCACCGCUCAUGCAUGGCGCUGUGUUGCAUUUAUCCCGAUUCCGAAGUUUGAUGUUCACGCGGAUUUCCAAACACUCCUCCAUGCUCGCCUGUUCCACAAGUGCAUGGACAUGAUAUUCGCCAAAUGCAAGGACUCCAUGGGUUAUAUCCAGCAUUGCUUCACUCCGCUCGUCGCAUAUACAGCUGAUCUCCCUGAGGCACAGCUCAUCGCUUGUGUCUCAAAAAAUGCGUCACCACUUACGAUGGCAACCCAAAGCGACUUUGGCAACCAUACGCUCAAGCUCAUCUACGACCUAUGCAAACGUGUUGAUCCAUGGAAUGUACCACUCUUCCAACACGAAGUUAAAGCAUUGCUGCUUAGCGGCGUUCAUCAGCCAUAUUGGAGAGAUUGGCCGCAUGCAGAUCCAAGUCAUUUUUUGCCAGGCGAACUGCUUCACACCUGUCACAAAUAUUUUGGUGACCAUCCUUUAAACAAACACAACCCCCGAUUUGUCCAUGCCAUUCAUUUCCUCACCGAAUUCAUUUACCAGGCACAGAGCCCCGUGCACACUGACUCGUCCAUUGAUGCUAUGGUGCACUCCCUCCACAUGUUUCAUACGCUGAAGCAAGCAAUACUCGAUGCCGGUGCUCGGAGAGGGAAGAGUGGAACGAUCGAUAACUUCCUCAUCCCAAAAAUGGAGUUGUUUCACAGCUUUGCGGGGUCCAUCAGAGAUCUCGGAGGUCUGAUACAGUACUCAGUGGAUGUUAGACUAGUUCGGCAAGCCAGGAAUUUUACCUUACAGGUCGUCCAAAUUCUCAAUCGUGACGAAACCAUGCGACGCUUCAAUCUUUAUACCCUUUUGCAUUCGCAUGGUACACCGCUUCGUGAAUGCCAUCACAAUCGAAGACAACAUCGUCAUGGAGACAGAUCCUACUUUGGCCUGGAUAGCGCAUGUGCUUCCCGCGAGCAGAAUCGCUUCCAUGGCCCGCAACUUGUCCGCAACCAUUUUUUGAAGGGAAUACUUUCUGUUGAAGCUAAUGCCACCUUUCAUGUCACCAUCUCUCCUGAUCGAAAGUCACUUCCUAUCACUGAUCUGCAAUCUAUCUACUCUCCUCCCAGAUUUUGGCGCAGACAUGGAACAAGUUUCAGUUUACAGCUACACUCUACCUUCCAGUCGCGAGUUGUGAUGCCGAGUCAAAUCGUCCAAGCAUACAUACAUUGCGCAAGUGCGUUGUGUUUUUCAAGCUAUUGCCAGGAAAGACUCGCCCCUUCUUAUAUGUUCAGUACUUUCAGAUCACAGCAACACCUACUGAGGAUGCAAGCGCUGGCAUGUCAGAUCUUCCAACCUGGCAGCAUCAUUCCGCUGACAGCCGUUACCUGUGCUGUUGAGCUGAUCCCUAUGUAUGGUUCAAAGAUGGAUCGCACGAUAAAUGCUGCGAACGCAAUGGAGAUCUGUGAUGAAUACUACUUGAAUACAUUUUCGGACAAGGAAGUUUUCAAUACAAUGCACAGUGGUUUGAUGUAG